AUGUCUAGCUCGGCUACCUGUCUGUGCGGAGGCGUAGCACUGUCGGUUCAGCUGGAUCCUUCAACGGAUCAGACUCAACUCCAGCUUUGUCAUUGCCAGAACUGUCGAGCGGAUGAGCCUUCUACCCUCGAAGGACUUCGAGAGUACCGCGAGUCUCCUUACGUGAGCCGUUUUCUCUGUAAGACGUGCGGCUCCCACGUCCUGGCUCGAGUGAAGCCCAGCGGACAAUAUCUAGUGGCCUCGGGUGUAUUAGUAGCAGGAGACAUUCCAACAGUACAGUCAGUUCAGCACUGGCAGGUCAAGGGUACCGGCGAUGGCGGAUUGAGCACAUAUCUGCCCGGUUGGCCAACUUCGGAUGGUGGCUGCAGAUUGGAGGUUCUCUCGGGACGACAAGGAAAUACCACCGAGUCUCAUUCGCAAAGGCUCGUGCACGAUCCAUCGGAAUCGCGGACUCAGCUGCAGGCACGCUGCCAUUGUGGGGGGAUUGAAUUCUACAUCACCCCGCCAGACUCAUCGUCGACAAGGGCUUGGUCACCUUUCGCUGACUUGCUUGUCCCGUACCACACCGGAUCUGGAGAGAAUCCUGAUGAUGUCAAAUGGUGGUUGCGAAAUGGAAACACCAAAUAUCUUGCAGGUACCUGUGUCUGCGAAUCUUGCCGACUGGGGUGCGGCUUUCCUAUCCAGACCUGGGCAUUUGUACCAAAGGCCAACAUCUUCAACGCGGAUGGAUCUCCGCUAGCGUUCAAAGGUAAGACCAUGCGGCGAUACAAUAGCUCUACGGGCGUAUAUCGAGAGUUCUGUGAAGUUUGUGGAGCUAAUGCGUUUUGGCAUUGUGAUGAACGGCCAGAAUUGAUCGAUGUGAGUGUAGGAUUGGCCCAGGGGAAUGGUGCGCUUGCAAAGAACUUCCUUGACUGGGCUCCUGACCGUGUUAGUUUUGCGGAAAUGGCCACUCAAAAAGAUUUAGUAAAACUCAUGGAGGAUGGGUUACAAAAGCUGUCCGCCGAUUGA